CAUCCCCGCUUCCAUGAGGCCGGUGCCCCGGCCCCGCGGUGCCGGCGAGCGCCAGCGCCUGUUGCUUCUUUCCGCAGAAGGGUGCUGGAGGCGGCCAAGAGGGCGAACCAGACGGGACAUUUCAUCUGGAUGGGCUCGGACAGCUGGGGCUCCAAAAUCUCCCCCGUCCUGCACCUGGAGGAGGUGGCCGAGGGCUCCGUCACCAUCCUGCCCAAGCGGGUCUCUGUCAAAGGUUUCGACCGCUACUUCUCCAGCAGGACGCUGGACAACAACCGCCGAAACAUCUGGUUCGCUGAGUUUUGGGAGGAGAAUUUCCACUGCAAGCUGAGCCGGCACGCGCUGAAGAAGGGCAGCAGCAUCAAGAAGUGCACCAGUAAGAGCUGUGGGGAUGCUGUGGGCGAGCAGGCGCGCCUGG